GCCCGGUCUGGGUGGGUUUCUGACCCCAUUUCUCUUCCCCCACUCCAGGAAUCCUUCUCCGAGCACUUGGGCUUCACGGGCGGGAUCGUGCAGGGGCUGGAUCUGUACCGCGCCUCCGGGAAGUUCGAGCUGCUGGACCGGAUCCUGCCCAAGCUCCGGGCCACCAACCACAAGGUGCUGCUCUUCUGCCAGAUGACCUCCCUCAUGACCAUCAUGGAGGAUUAUUUCGCCUACAGAGGCUUCAAAUACCUCAGGCUGGACGGUGGGUGACCCUCAGGGGGAUGGGUGG